CCGGAGAUGCAUCCCAGGCGUUGGUCACCUUUGUGUCACUGCAGUCUCUCCAAGCUGGGAGGAACUCUCAUGCCCUAAAUCGCAUCCCACUUCAGUCUGAGGCAUUAGCUUUACAGAAUCUGGACUCCCCUCGUUUACCCAACACCUUGCCUCAAAGAGCGUGCCCACGGACUGCAGCACUGCUUCCCCCGAGGGCACCUCGGGAGGUGGUGGCAGCAGCGAUCCUGCCGCACCCCCGUGCCCUGCAGCCAACCUCCCUCCUCUCACACCUCUCGAGCCGCCUCCGAGCACCCGGCACCGCCCCUCCGCCGGCGCGGGGCUAUAAAUGAGGGCUGCUCGGAGCGGGGUACAGUCCUGGAGCCAUGGGGAAUCGUGUCACCCGCGGGGACUUCGAGUGGGUCUAUACCGAGCAGCCUCACACGCAGCGCAGGAAGGAGAUCCUGGCAAAAUAUCCAGGAAUCAAGGCUCUGAUGGGACCGGAUCCACAUUUGAAAUGGAUUGUAUCUGGAAUGGUUUUCACACAGUUUCUAGCAUGCUAUCUGGUGAAAGACUUAUCUUGGAAAUGGAUUUUCUUCUGGGCUUAUGCUUUUGGGGGUUGCAUCAACCAUUCAUUGACCCUGGCCAUCCACGAUAUUUCACACAACGUUGCCUUUGGGAACAAGCAGGCCAAGUGGAACCGAUGGUUUGCAGUCUUUGCCAACUUGCCAGUUGGCGUCCCUUACUCUGCUUCCUUCAAGAAAUACCACAUAGACCACCAUCGGUACCUCGGUGGGGACAGCCUGGAUGUGGACAUUCCCACGAAUUUUGAAGGCUGGUUCUUCUGUACUCCACUUCGGAAACUGCUUUGGCUGUUCCUCCAACCUUUCUUCUACAGUCUGAGACCACUGUAUGUGAACCCCAAAGCAAUUACGCAAAUGGAAAUUUUUAAUGCCCUUGUGCAGUUUUCUGUAGAUUCUAUUAUUUUCUACCUUUGGGGACUCAAACCUAUUAUUUACUUAAUAGCAGGUACAAUACUUUGCAUGGGCUUACAUCCCAUAUCUGGGCACUUCAUAGCAGAACACUACAUGUUCUUAAAAGGAUAUGAAACGUACUCUUAUUAUGGACCUCUGAACUGGCUCACCUUUAAUGUAGGCUAUCACAUGGAGCACCAUGAUUUCCCCAGCAUUCCCGGAAGCAAGUUGCCAAUGGUGAAGAAGAUUGCUGCAGAAUACUAUGACAACCUCCCCUACCACCAGUCCUGGAUCCGAGUCCUGUGGGACUUUGUAUUUGAUGACAGUAUCAGUCCUUACUCAAGGGUGAAAAGAAAAUGCAAACUGGCAAAAGAAAGCGAGUAGACCAGCUCCAGCUGCUGCACUGGCUGUUUGUUUGUCUGAAUGGCUUAAGUGUGUUGCAGAAGAAGGAUGUUUCAUGUGCUCAGCAUAGCAUUGCUACGUGCUCCUUGGACGAAGAGGAUGAGUGUCUGCACUGUUUAAGCUACUGAUACUUUUUAAUAAGGGAUAUUGUAUGUAACCUUGAAAAACUGGACAAGUGCAAGAUACACUCACAUGAAUCUUGGUCUAGACUUAGAAUUAACUUCCUGUGACACAUGCAUCCAAUUUGGAGCUUUGGCCUGGUCUGCAGUGAAGAAUGUUUGGUGUGUGAAUGGGCAUGUUUGUGUGUAAGGUAGGACUGGUUUCUCUUCAUGCCAAAUUAGAUGUAGAUGCUUUGCAUGCACAGGACCGUGGAAGCAGGGAUGACUGGCAUGCAGUAGCAAAUGAUACUCUCUAGAGAACACGAGGGUGCCUUCAACUCAUAGCAUUGCUUACAUAUCUCAUGUCUGACAAUAUCUGUUUGCAGUGAUUUUGUAUAUGAAAUGGAAUACAUACAUAUUUUUGUAUAUCUGAAUCAAUAUUAUGUUAGUCGCUGUUUGACCUCUAUUUCAAGACUUUUUCCUAAGCCUUUUCUGAGCCAUUUCUAUUUUUAGUAUCUGAUGUUCAGCGCAACUUACUGGCAGAGCUGAACUGUGAUGUGGAAAAACCCUUUCUUUAUUCUUCAGCUCACUGAUCAGCAAUGUGACAUACCACAGCUCAUGUUGUGAGGAAUGGCCGAUCCUUUCCCACACUUACUUUCAACAGUAUUCAGAAUUCUGCAUUCCCUCAUACCUUUCACUACUAGAAGCCCCUCAGGGAUUGAAAGGCUUCUGGUUUAAACUGUUCCUUAUAAGGGCUCUCACUAUUUGUGAUUCCCUUUCUUGGUCUCCUGUGUAUUGUACCUAUUUCUGUAAUAGGAGUUAGGAGUAGCUAUCAAUGAAGACACUGGAGAUGUUAUGGUGACAUUUGUUCCAAAGCGCUUUCAGUGCAAUUCUAACUUCAGUGGGAACUGACUCAGCAAUCAGGAAGCAUGUGAUACUCCAGCUAUAAAAGCCAUCACUAAUGGUGAUAAGGGGAAUAUAACCAGGCCAUAGAGCUGGUGUUGUUUCUCUCCCUACAUGCUGUAUAUUGCACUAUUGACAUUGACCUAGUUCUGUCAUUUCUAGCCUGUGGAACUGUUCCAUCUUCCUGCCUCUCUUCUCCAACCACCACCAGCUUCUGGCUGCCCUCAAUAACAGUGUUUCAUCCUUAGUCACCACACUUUUCUCCAUGCAGAAUAUACUGAACAAUUUCUUGUGAGUUAGGAAUUGAGAUGUCAUCUAACAACACCCCUGCUCACUGGAGAGCCGACUACUUACAUCUAUCCAUACUAAAUGGCUAAAAGAGAACAGAUCUAUAAAACUCCUCUUAUAAACUGACAGUUUAAUCCCUCUAGUGGUUUUGGUUUUGUUUUCUUCUAGAAAUCCAUAUACAUUAUGAAUGUGGAAUAAUAAUUUCCUUUAUGUUGGUCUCUCAAAGACCAUUACUGGGCCUGGGAUGCCCAGUCUCCCCAGUAAAUACAGCUUUGUUCCUGCCUCCUAUAGCACUGCAUUCAGUGAGUCAUACUGGUAUGACCUUGUGGCAGUAGUUUGUCUCAGUCCUCCUGGCACUUCAUGAUCAGAUAUUGAGCUUCCAGUGUCCUUAGCAAGCUGUUUCACAACCCUCAGCCAAUUUAGUAAGCAAACAUAAGAACAAUAUUAAAGAUCAUUCUGACCAUUGCAUUACUCUUCUGUGGAAACUGACUCUUCUCUAACUCCCUUAGCUGCUCCACAAUAGCAUUAACCUACACAGUCUUGUGCCUAUUAAUAGCCAAGUGUGACAUAGAAGCUACACUAUAAACUGAGGGUAACAAAAGCUGUUGGCUGUUUCUCACCUGCAUAGUAGCUGUGUUCCUACUCUGCUUUGUCACAGUCCGCCUGUUCUGCAGAGGGAUUUGAAGAUGUUGGAAGUCUUGGUACCUGCUGUGCUCUCAAGCAGCAAAACACCAGUUAAGAGCGUCACUGGUCUCCUGAUGGGGCUGAUCACAGCUGUUCUCUGCCCUUAGAACCUGACAGGUGCACUCAGAACUUCAGCAAUCUGGGGUGGAUUUAUAGUGCUGAGUAAGCACCUGGAGAUGGGAUCAGGUGUCACUACCAGCCAAGCCUCCCUGUUCAUCCUGUGCACCUUGGGACUCUGAUCCCAUUAAAUGGCCCUGUGCAAACUUCAGUUAAUUGUCUUAAUCACAGGAGGCCUGCAAAGGAGGUUAAGAAAAGGUCAUUUACAGUAGGUUGCUGGUGUUACCAUAGGGCUGUGCUGUAGCCAGGCUGUACUCAGUCUGGGUGACAGUGUGGUUGUUGCUGACUGUAGGUGCAGUGCCACGCUCCAAAGAAAAACACAGAUUGAGCUGGGGCCCAACUUUGUCAAGCAUAAGAAAGGUUAACAGAGACUUUCACAGAAUGGUUGUGACUAUCUGUGAGGCAGCAGUUUAGAAAAGCGCUUGCAGUUGUCAGGUACGCCAUCAAAUGCUACAGGACAAGAGGUAAAGGCCUUAAGUUGCACCAGGAAAGGUUCCAGUUGAGUAUUAAGUAAAGUUUCUUCUCAGAAAGAGCGGUACUGCAUUGGCAAAGGUUGCCCUGGGAGGUGGGUGACUGGGAGGUGGUCACUGUCCCUGCAAGAAGUAUGGAAGUACGGCAUUGAGGUGUAUGGUUGGUGGGCACUGUGGGGGUGGGUUGAUGGUUGGACUAAACAAUUUUAGAGGUCUUUUGCUGUCUUAAUUGUUCCAUGAAACGGUUUCAUAAUUAAGAAACACAUGAGCUAUUGUAUCGUAUUUAUACAGCAGACCAUAAUAAACUUCACUGAUGUUUGGCUGUGUUAUUCCUACCAGAAAGGCUCUUUCUCCUGGUCCUGGAACCAUAGUGUUGUGUUUCACAUCCAUGCCUUUCUGCUUUAGUUCCCAAAUAAACAUCUUAUCCUGCCAUCUUUCUCUAGCCAGGUGGGAAGCCAGCACUAAACAGCUAGCAGAUGUCAGGCUUGGACUGGAGAUUGCCCUUCAAUUAAGUUUAAAUUUCCCUCUUUUAUCUAGUAUUUAGUUUACAGUGUAACUGGGGGGGUGGGGAGAGGUAGGGGGGACUGUUUUCUAGAGGACAGAUGGGGUGGCUUUGAAGAUUGCUGAAGGACAACCUCAGACUCUCCCAGCCAAAGUAGAUAAAAGUUUAUAAGUAACCAGCAAGCCCGCCACACCCCUGCCCUCCUGGGCAUCCUGCUGCUUGAAGGCAGUCAUGCAGGAUCAUGGAAUUGGGCAAGAAUGGAGCCCUGGCCCAAGCCCUGCUCCAGCAGGGCCCCACAGCAGUCUCCAGGUCCCUGCCUGAGCGCUGAGAGAAUGACCAUGGUCCACAGGGCUCUGCAACAGCCCCCCAGGACCUGGUUUACAACAUGAUGCCAUCAGGAAGGCCCAAAGCAAGAAGGAGGGCUCUGGAAACGCUGAUUUCCACAGCUGAACUCCCAUCACUUUGUGCCUUUUCCAUAAAGCUGCCAAGGAGAUUGUAUGAUGGCUGCUGCCUUGUAAAUCCCACCAAACCAAGUCGAGCAGAAAUUCUCAAGAUUGAACUGGUGGAAAGAAUGGUAGCAAAGAAAAGAACAUGUGACCCAACAGGUAAGAGGGAGUGUGUGAUGAAGUGCUCAGCGGCGCUGAUGCAGCAUCCUGUACUCAUUUCUGAGACCUCAGUUUCCACACAAUAAAGCUCACCAAAGCCUGCACAGAGUUAACAGAUGGAAACAUGAAAUAUUAACAAGUGACUCCCAUAAGGCUCUAGUUCAAGCCUCUGGUUCAGCAGCACUGCACGUGGGAUUUCUGCUUUGCUGUGGCCAUUCAGCAGCUUUGUUCUGAGUGACUCGCUCUCCUCCCAAAAGCCCAUAAGGCACAAGUGGUGGGAUGGGUGGAUUUUGUUUGUACUGAGGAGACAGACAGGACAGUUAGUGGUGGCCCGAGGCCACCAUAAGCCACCAUUCUCCCCUCAGCUCAGCACUCUCCAGGUGAGACUUCAUCAGUGCCCUCCCCAAGCCAGUGAGGAACCAUACCCAGGUGACAUUAAGGUGGAGAAGCUGAAGGGGCCGACCAUAUAAACAAAGGCAGGGCCAUGUGGACAAUAAACAGUUUAUUACCAAUAUGAACACAGAUACUGUGAUGCAGACGUACCAUUUUUCUUUUUCUUUUUUUUUUUUUUUUUUAAUAUUG